CCUUUGAUGCGUCGGACGAGAACCUGGAUGCUCCGUCAGCUGACAGCAAACCUGCCGAUCAGCUGAUCAAUCAGGAGAACAGCAGAGACGGACUGAUCUCCUGGAGAACGUUUCAUCAGUACUGUAAGGCUGCUGGAGGAUACUGUGUGUGCCUCCUCAUCCUCCUCCUCUUCAUCGUGCUGAUGACAAAUGCAGCUCUGAGUUACUGGUGGCUCAGUUACUGGUUACAUCAGGGACACGGGGGCUCCAAUGUGACGUCAUCACAGCAAGGAGAUGUGACUCUGAACCCAGAGCUCCACUACUACCAGGAGAUGUUUGGCGGGAUGAUCCUCAUCCUGCUUGCCAUCUGCGUCAUCAAAUGCGUCGCCUACGACAAAGUAUCGUUCCAUGCCUCCACCACGCUGCAUAACAACCUGCUGGAGAAG